UUUGAAUUUUGACACAGUAUUUUUCUGUACUCCAUACGGUUUGGUUGUGUUUCAUUUAUUUUUAUUUAGUAAUUAAUUACGUGCGACGUGUUGUGUAUAAUUUCUAAUGUUAUUCGAUAACUAAGCCCGUUUAAAAUGCCUGUUUUCCAUACAAAGAUCAUAGAGAGCAUCCUUGAGCCGGUGGCUCAACAGGUAUCUCGUCUCGUCAUACUCCAUGAGGAAGCUGAGGAUGGGAACGCCAUGCCGGACCUGGCCAGGCCGGUACAGGCCGUCUCACUGGCCGUCAACAACCUCGUUAAGGUGGGUCACGAGACCAUAGAGUCAGCUGAUGACAAUUUACUCCGGGCCGACAUGCCGGGGGCUCUGCACAGGGUCGAGGGGGCGGCCACGCUACUGCAACAGGCCUCUGACAUGCUCAGAGGAGACCCUUACUCAGGACCCGCCAGGAAAAAGCUCAUCGAAGGCUCACGGGGUAUCCUCCAAGGCACUUCAGCUUUGCUUCUUUGCUUCGACGAGUCCGAAGUUAGGAAAAUUGUCAAGGAGUGUAAAAAGGUGUUAGACUAUCUAGGUGUUGCAGAAGUGAUCGAUACCAUGGAGGACCUCGCCCAGUUCCUGCGAGAUAUCUCACCAGCUCUAUCCAAAGCAGCGAGGGAGGUGGCGGCGCGUGCAGCUGAACUGACCCACCCUCCGCACGCGGAGACCCUCGCCCGUUGUCUGGAGAGCGUCAAGCGACUGGCCCCAGUACUCAUCUGCGCCAUGAAGACAUACAUACACAUACUGUCAGAAGGAGGCAAAGGCAUUGAAGAUGCGGCGGAGAACAGGAACUACCUGGCCCAGAGGAUGGCGGACGAGAUACAUGAAAUCAUCAGGGUGUUACAAUUGACGUCGUACGUGGAGGACGGCGGCGAGAAAGACAACAUCGCCGUGUUGAAGGCCUUACAGAGUCUGGUGCAUAGUAAAGUGCUCGCCGCUAAUGAGUUUCUUGAUGACCCUGAGGCUCAGCGGACCAGCGCCGGCGAGAGAGCUCUACGAGCAGCGCUCACGGCCGCUGCGCGAGCCGCCGAACACACUGACACACACCUCGCUGAUAGACUGCGACGAGCUGCCAGGAACGGCGGCAUCAACGCGGACCUGCUGUGCGAUGAGCGGCAGUACGGACGAGGGAGGGAGCAGAAGGCGCUGACCCUGGCCGCGGAGCUGAAGGCGCAGCUGAGGGACAUACAAGGAACCGUGAACGAGGGAGUGCGAGCCGCGGAGAAGAUACAAGGAGGGAAGACCAUAGCCGCCAGAUUGGAAACCGCCCACAAGUGGCUGGUGCACCCCGCGUGUGAUCCCACCACCAGGGUCGAGGGACAGAAGGCUAUCAACAGUAUCGUGUCGCAGGGACAGAGGAUAGCUGACAACCUCCAUGGGCGGGAGAAAGCCGAGGUGAUGCAGCUGUGCUCCGAGGUACAAAGGCUGGCCGACCAGCUCGCUGACCUCUGUAUGACUGGAGACGGCGACCAGGAGGAGGCCAGGACGCUCACACGCCAGCUGACCGGCAAGCUGCACGAGUUGAAGCGCGCCAUGGAGCGAGCGGUGGUCAACAGAGUGGUGGAGGACUUCAUAGAUGUGGCCGCUCCUCUCAGACACUUCACUGACGCUGUGAACGCGCCUGAAGGUACACCGAACCGCGAGGGUAACUUCCACGACAAGGCCUCGUCCCUGGCCAGCUUCAGCUCCCGGGCCGCGGCCGCCGCCGCCAUGGUCGCCGCAGACAUCACACACGACAAGAGACUCGUCGACCAGCUGCUGCAACACGCGCAGGAGGUGGAGAAGUUAUCGCCUCAGCUGAUCUGCGCCGGCAAGAUCCGUCUGCACUACCCAGAAAGCAAAGUGGCCGAGGAACACUUCAACAACCUGAAGUCUCAAUACUCCGACGCCGUUCUUCGCUGUCGCGACCUCUGCGACCAGGCGGUCGACCCGCUGGAGUUCGUCCGCACCGCUGGUGAACUCAUUCAGAAGCACACGUAUCUGUGCGAGGACGCCAUAAGGAACAACGACUCGCAGAAGAUGGUGGACAACACAUCGGCCAUCGCCAGGUUGGCGAACCGCGUGUUGCUGGUGGCUGGUCGCGAGCGGGAUAACACAGAAGACGGAGCCUUCAGCGCCGCCCUGGGGACAGCCCAGAGCAGGCUGCAGGCGGCGCUAGCGCCCGCCGUCCGAGCCGCCAAGAGUGUCGCCCUCGGGCAACCCGGCGCCCCCCCACACUGGAGAACCGCUAACGGAGAGAUCAUCCAAGCCAUCAGCGGUGUGGAGGAGGCCCUCUCCCGUCACUACGCCCCUCCCCCUCCGUCCCCCCCUCCGCCGCCGUCGCUCCCCCCUCUCUCCUCCCUCCACUUGUCGUCGCCGGCCCCGCCCCGCCCCCCGCCCCCGUCCAUGUCGGCGCCCCCUCGCCCGCCGCCGCCGGACACAGACGACGAGGGUGAAGACAUCUUCAGAAGACAGCCUCACCCGAGCCAGCCUAUCUUGGUGGCGGCCCACAACCUGCACAAGGCGGUCCGCGAGUGGUCCUCCAAGGACAACGAGAUCAUCGCGGCCGCCAAGCGGAUGGCCAUACUCAUGGCGCGCCUGUCCGACCUCGUGCGCUCCGACUCCAAGGGAAGUAAGCGUGAGUUGAUAGCUACUGCGAAGGCUAUAGCUGAGGCUUCAGAGGAAGUGACUCGCCUCGCUAAGAAACUGGCUCUGGAGUGUACUGAUAAGAGAAUCAGAACUAACCUUCUCCAGGUGUGUGAACGUAUCCCCACCAUCGGCACUCAACUCAAGAUACUGUCAACUGUCAAGGCCACUAUGCUCGGAGCCCAGGGUAGCGAAGAAGAUCAAGAGGCAACCGAGAUGUUGGUCGGCAACGCUCAAAACUUGAUGCAGAGUGUUAAGGAAACUGUGAAGGCCGCGGAGGGAGCCUCCAUCAAGAUACGGACGGAGCAAGGAGCUUAUAGACUGCGUUGGGUGCGACGCUCGCCCUGGUACCAGAUAUAGAGGGACAGACAAACGUACACACAACUAGACAACCAGUCAAUAGAGCGUAUAACCUUAUAUAGAGAAUGUGUCUCUGACUUACAAAUAGUUGUGCCCAUAAAACUUCAACAGAUUUGAAAACAACCAUUUUGGAGACCCCUAGAUAUAAUAUAUCAUUAUAUAUACCUUAACUAGCGUCAUAUAACAAAUACAUUAGAUUAUACCACGGUGCCUAAUUAGUUAUAUAUAUAACCUCUUUGCACUAAUUUACACUUAAAACUAUUUGGUCGGAAUUAAAAACUAAAUCACAAAUCAUCUAACACCCAUAUUAUGGUAUAUAUUUAAUAAUUUUUCAAAAUUUUUGUGAAUUAAUAUAAUUUAGCAACGAAAUUAUCUAUAAUUUUAACAGUUAUGUGCCAUCAAGGAACCAUUUAUGACACUAUAGUUAAUAGUUUAAAGUAUUGUUGUGACGAUACUGUGUGUUGAUGAUAUGUGAACCCCGAUAAGAUAUGGUAGCUAUGUUUAGAUGAAAAAUGUAUUUAAUAUGAGAAAAUAACGAAAACCAAUAAUUUAAAAGCAAUACAUCAUGUAUAGUUAGUGUGUGAAGAUAGGAAUGGUUAGAGAUUUUUGUUUGAAAUGAGAAAUAUCUAUAGAAAUUGUAUUGGAAUGAUAUUAAAUUACUAAAUAUGAUUUUUAUAUUAGAAUAUUAAAGAAAUUGUAUUUUUCAAUAUACAUAUAUAUAUUUUUAUAUUAAUAACUAGUUAGUAAUUCUCAUGCUAUCAGUAACUUGCCUUUUCGUUUUUUAUUUUGCAUAUAUUAUAAUUCUUUAAUUGUAUUAAUAAAGCUUUUAUUUAAA